AUAGCGCACUGGAGGAAGCACAAGCACAUGCACAUGCAGGUUGGUGGUGGUCCCCUGCUCUCUGGAGUCUAAGCGGUCGAGGUCGGUGGGAGGAUGGCUGCAUGGAGAUUAUGUCUUCAUCUGGUGGUCUUAUGGGCAGCAGUGUCCCAGUCUGUGGCCAACAGUGUAGACCUGGAGCAAGCAGUGAUGUUCAAUGGAACUGGACCUCGUGAAGACUUCUUUGGGUACAAAGUGCAUCUGUUUCAGUCUGGAACAGAGAAAGGGAUUGUUGUGAGUGCCCCACUGCAAAACAAUGGAAGUGGUGGGAUCUUCAUGUGCAAUCACACAAGCUCAGACUGUGAUCCUUUUACCCUGCCGAAAGCAUCCCUAGCGAAUGAAGACACAGAUUUCGUUAAGGGAGUUGGAAUGUCAGUUGCCGUAAGAACAAAGCCAUCUCUCCAGUUUACUGCCUGCAGCCCAGCCUGGGCCCAUGAGUGCGAUGGGACUCCCUACUACAACAGCAUUUGUUAUCAGUGGGGCAAGACAGAACCGGUCUCCAACUUCACCUCUGCUUUUAAAGAGUGUGAAAAACAGGAGGUCGAUCUUGUAUUCCUCUUUGACGGAUCUCUAAGUAUGAAAACCGAGGACUUCAACAAAAACAAAGAUUUCAUUGAAACUGUAAUGAAGAGUAUGGAAAACACUUCAAUACAAUUUGCAGCAGCACAGUUCUCUUCAAACGUCCAAACAGUUUUCACCUUCAAAGACUUCAGGGAAAAGAGAGCCCUGCAAAAGCUGAAAGAUGAGAAGCACAUGAAAAGCCUGACUAACACCCAUAAGGCCAUGCGAUUUGUACUAGAGAAGCUUUUUGAAAAUCAAGCAAGUGGUUGUCAACCAAAAGCAACCAAAGUUUUAGUUAUCAUUACUGAUGGUAACCCUUCGGAUAAAGGAGAGCCCAUUAUCAAAAAGUAUAAAGAUAAACAUAUCAUCCGAUUUGUCAUUGCGGUUGGGAAUGACAUUAAUAUGGCUGUACUCCAAAAAUUAGCCUCAGAACCUAAUAACACCUUCUUCAUCCAAGACUAUGCUGGCCUCAGUGGUCUUCUGAAAGACCUGGAGACCAAAAUUUUUAACAUAGAAGGUUCUUCAGACGAUUUGGCACAGGUCUUUGAAAAUGAACUUUCACAGAGUGGAAUGAGUGCUGCCUAUGCUGAGGAUUCGUUGGUUGUGGGAUCUGUUGGUUCCAAUGACUCGAGAGGGUCUCUUCACCAAAUUGAGGACAGGUCCUCACCCGAUCUUGAAAUCACAGACCCAGACAUAGAGAAAUCUUCCUACAUGGGCUACAGCGUUGCUGUUGGGAAAAAUAAUGGUGUUGCCAUGUAUUUUGCGGGUGCCCCAAGAUACAAGCACAAAGGACAGGUCAUUGUUUUUAGUCAAAGUGGAAACGACUGGAGUGUCAAACAAAGAGUCAAUGGUGACCAGAUUGGUUCAUACUUCGGAGGAGAGCUGUGUGCUGUCGACAUUGACUCUGAUGGCUCUACUGACUUCCUAAUGGUGGGGGCGCCUCUGUACUAUCACCCCCAAAUAGAGGGCCUCAUGUAUGUCUACGCCCUUGCUGAAGAGAAUCAGCUGGUAUCAGUGCUGAACGUGUCCGAGUCUAGACAGGGCCGCUUCUCCUCCUCCAUCGCCUCCCUCAGAGACCUGAACGGAGACGGACUUCAGGACCUGGCGGUUGGGGCCCCGCUGGAGGACGACCGCACGGGAGUGGUGUACAUAUACCUCGGGCACGGAGAUAAGGGGAUCCGCUCAGACUACUACCAGCGAAUUACCGCAAAGUCACUGUCAGAAAGCCUGAGGCAGUUUGGGGUGAAGAUUGAUGGGACAUCUGACACGGACGGACUGACCGAUAUCGUCGUGGGAUCUUAUGGACAGGUCGUGCUGCUAAAGUCCAGGCCCGUCUUCAACGUGUCGGCCCACCUGUCCUUCAGCCCCUCGGAGAUCAGCAUCCUGCAGUUUGACUGCAUUGACCAGCAGGGGGGGCCUCUCCCCUUGAUCAACAUGUCCCUCUGUUUCCAGAUGAAUGAACAAACCAAAAGUACAACAGAUCGAAUGGCAACAGGGCUGAAGCUGGAGUAUGACCUGGGUUUGGACCCGGAGAGGCAGCGCAGCCGAGCUUUCCUCGCAGCCAAUGACAGCUCUUUGAGACGUGUCCGGACUGUGGUUCAUCUCAACAAUCCCAGAACUUGCAAGAUUUACACCAUGUACAUGCCACGCUGCGUGAUGGACACACUCACUCCUGUCGGCAUCCAAAUGAACUUCUCCCAAGCUGAGAACCACCAGCCAUAUGGAGUGUUGAAUAUCGACAGCAAGACUGAAGCUUCUUUGAAGGUGCCGUUUCAGAGACUGUGUAAAGGUGACGACUGCGUGGCAGACCUGCACAUGGAUUUUGAUUUCACCUCUGCAGAGAUGGUGGUGUUUACUUCGAAGAACAAUUUGUUUCUGAAACUGGCGCUGUCCAAUUGGGGGGAUGACUCCUAUAACACGAGUCUCCGUUUCCAGUACCCCCUAGGAAUCUCCCACUCAAAGCUAACAGAAAUUCCGCCGCAGAGGAAAACUUUAACCAACUGUCCGGAAAACAAAGAUGCACUUGAUUAUACCAUAUGUGAUGUGAGCCCUCCUGUGUUCCGCAGUAACAAAUCGGCCAUAUUCAAUGUGUCCUUUACCUUUAUCGAAGACAGUCUGAACUGGGGUGAUUUUAUCACGAUGACCAUCAUAGCACACAGUGACAAUGGAGACAGUGGCAAUGGGACAAUGGGCAGUACCUUCAAGGAUUAUAGUGUAACGAAGAGCCUCCCCGUUGUCUUCGCUGUGGGCCUAGCAGUCGCAUUCCCUCCUACCAUUUCUACGACAUAUGUGAGCUACUCACUGGAGGACAAAGGACCCAAGACACUGAAGCACGUUUACAAGGUUGCUAACACGAGACCGGUACCUCUUCCUGUUAGUGUGAGCUUCAUCUUCCCUACAAAACCUGAAGAGAACUUCCGAAUCACUGAUCCCACGAUCUCACACAAGAAAGAGGACAAUGCCACAAUAAACUGCACAGAGCCUCACAGCGUAGUAACCCAGAACUGUUCGCUGAAGGAAAGCUGCCUGAAAAUUGAGUGUUCCAUUCCCAUGUUAAAGAAAUAUGAUUAUAUUCUGUUUACUCUGACUGUCAAAGCAGCCCUCGACCUGAGUCCAAGUGAAUACACUUUCUCUGAACUAAGAUUCCCGAGAACCUUCAAAACAUCUGCCGAGAUCACUUACAACAAAACACGUUACAGACAAUUUGGGGACGACCAAAAGCAACUUGAUUACUUCCCUAGGCAGCAGGGCAAAACCACGGCUGAACUCAUAAUCCCAAUUCAUCUGCCAAUGGUCAUCGGCAUCGCAAGUUCUGGAGGACUGUUACUGCUGAUUCUUAUAUUUGUGGCACUAUAUAAGUGUGGCUUUUUCAAGCGUAAAAAGUUUGGGGAAGAAGGGUGCGAAGAGGACGAAGACGAUUUCCAAUUUCAGGGGGGCGAGCUGUCGCCGUCGUCCCCGAUGCCUGAAGGCAAGCCCCUUAUGGAUGAGGAGGAGCAGGGGCCCAAAACCAACGGCUCCUCCUCCCCAGCGGAUGACCCUGCCGCGCCGAGUGCAGACUCCAAGGCAGCAGAUGGCGACGUGGAUGAGUAAAGACAGUCCAGCACAGUGCACAAGUUGUAGCUGGGGUCAGAAGCUGCAGGUUCUUAAAAUAAUAAUAAUUCAAGAUUCAAGAUUUGUUUAUUACAUCUCAUUAUAGGUUUGAGGCCUAUAAAAGAGUACAAAUUAUUGUGGUUUUGUCUCCUCAGAAAAAUAAAAAAGGGUGGGAGGAUGGAAAAAAUGCAAAAUAAUAAUAUUAAUAAUAAUAACUUAGUUAAACUAUAUACAGUGCCUUUUCAUGGAACCAAAGGUCGCUUCACGAGGAGAAAUCUCACUGUUACCAGACCACAUGUGUGUGGUCUCCCUACCCCGUCAUCCGAGCCUGAUCUCGAGAAAUUGCGUCCAAUUUCUCAAGCAAACCAACAUCCAACAUUGCAUAUUUAUUCCGACCAGCCUGAUCUCCAAAAUUUCCGUGCUCCUGCACACGGAUGUUAAGGACAUGAAAUCUGAGUCCAGGAGCACGGAUUUUGCCAAUAUUCCGUGCUCCUGGACACGGAAUUAUUUUCCGUGAUGGACACACGGAAGUGCUUUCUAUAUUUCCACAGCACUGUGUUAACUCUAUCAUUUGAAAAUACAUACCAAAUGCUAAUUCGAAACAAAAUAAUGCUAUAGCAAUUUAAAUUGUGCCAUGACCAAAACAUUCCCUAUCCUUAACCUAGCAUUAAAGACAUAUUUUUGAGAAAUACCUUUUCCAGUUGGUUGAUGGGCUAUCAAAUUCAUAUAAUGAAUGAAAGAAUACUAGCUGUGCCCAGACCAAAACAAUCCCUAACCCUAACCUGUCAGUAAGAAAUGUUUUUUGAGAAAUAAUAUUUGACAUUAGAAAAAUCCUGGGAAAACACAAGACUGUGGAAACGUAGAGCUGUGAGAGUAUAGAGAGAGCACUUUCGUGUGUCCAUCACGGAAAAUAAUUCUGUGUCCAGGAGCACGGAAUUUUGGCAAAAUCCGUGCUCCUGGACACAGAUUUCAUGUCCUUAACGUCCGUGUCCAGGAGCACAGAAAUUUUGGAGAUCAUGUUGAUUCCGACGCUUCCCCUGCUGUCUAGAGCACAUAGGUAGCUCCUGAUUGGUCUAGCUGUGCCCUUCCCAAACCCAUCCCUAAAUCUAACCUGCCAUUAAUGCCAUGUUUUUGAGUUUUACAAUUGUGCCCUUCCCAAAACCAUCCCUAAACCUAACCUGUCAGUAAUACCAUGUUUCUGAGUUCUAAAUGUGUGCCCUGACCAAAACUUUCCCUAAACCUAACCUGUCACAGACAGCUGCAUGACCUCUGUGCAUGUGUGUCAAAGGGAAUGCGUUGUAAACGGUGUUUGGUUUGCGUUAGAUUAUUGACGCAAUUCGCUCGAGAUCUUGUAGGCCAUCCAUAGCUGAGGAGCCCUUGAGCAAGGCACUUAACCCCACAUACAGUAGAUCCAGGGACGGUUGACAAUACCCUGUCAGUAGGUUGUUUUGGACGGAAAAAUGUCAGUUAAUUUGUAACGUUGUGAUGAUGUCUAACGUAUUGAUACCCAUAUCAACUCACUGAAUGUUACGAUCAGUGUGUACAGUGUUUAUGUGUCUUUUUUUGUCUGCAUUGAUUUGUUCAGAACUAUCUGUUAUGAUAUUUCCAUUUCCAGUGUUGUAACUUAGCCACAGUGCCUUAAAUGAUGCGUUUUUCUUCACAUAGUCAUACCAUUGUAUUGAAAAUAUAUUUUGUACAUUUCAUUAUCUAUUGCACCUGUAAUUACAUUACUUAUGCACUGUUGUAAUUUUAGGUGUUGUGAUGAAUACUUGCCAACGUGUUUGUUGAUGCUUUUAAAGGACCUGUUAUUGGACAAACAAAUUGUGGGGUGAAUGUCUAUGUAUAAUGUAAAGCAAGGUACUACGCACGCACAGAGAGAGAGAGAGAGAGAGAGAGAGAGAGAGAGAGAGAGAGAGAGAGAGAGAGAGAGAGAGAGAGAGAGAGAGAGAGAAACUGGGUAGGCCUAUUAACUGCAAUUUAUGUGAUGUUAAAUGUUUAUUACCUUCGCCAAGGAAGUUGUGUUUUUGGUCGCAUUUGGUCACAUUAGUUUGUCAAUUCAAAAAGUUAUGAACAGAUUUUGAUGAAAUUUUGUGGAGUUGUUUGAAAUGACAAAAGGAACAAGUGAUUGAAUUGUGGUGGUGAUCCCAAUCAAGAUCAGGAUCCAGGAUUUUUUUAAACGAUUCUUCACCAUUGCAGGAUAGGACGAAUUUUGACAUUCCCGUUUCUAUGUCCACAAAAACAAGGCAGAAAGACUUGGAGAAAAGAAAUUAGGCUGUAGGCCUAACAGUCAAAUGUUCUAGCCUAUCAAACAACUUCCUUGGUAGAGGUCUACACUCUCUGAAUGCAUUUCUAGUUUUUAUUUCAUUUUUCUCUGUGUCAUGCACUUACUGUACAUUACUGUAACAUUGAUUUUUUUGUUGUUGUUGUUGCUGUUAAUGUAGGCUAUAUUUUUAUUCAUGCUGUCCUCCACGGUUUGAAAUUAAAGCCAUGAACUGUA